CCCCCUUGUGGCCAGAUAGCAGAUUAGCAGCGGAUGGUCGAAGCUGACCGCCGGUAGAGUUCUUCAUCCCCAUGUUCUCCAUAGGAACUCAGACAGACAGGCGCUCCGUUCUCCGUUUGUACCGGAGUAAAGAGCUGCUUUGAAACAUCUAAAAACAGCAUGGACCGUCCAGUCGUGAUUCCCUGCUAACAUUCCUGAAAAUGCCAUAUGCGUGUUGUCCGGUGCUAGAAGAUGGCGGAGUCCGAUGGUGGCGAAUUUGCUCAGAAACAUUCGCAAAGCAGUAUGGCUAACAAGAAUAGCACCCUCCGCUGUACUUUCUCCGCUCCAAGCCACAGUGCCACGCUCCUCCAGGGCUUGUCGGUUUUGCGAGCUCAGGGUCAGCUGCUUGAUGUGGUGCUGGCUGUCAAUGAGGAGCACUUCAAGGUCCAUAAAGCAGUGCUGGCUGCUUGUAGUGAUUAUUUCAGAGCUAUGUUUACAGGAGGCAUGAGGGAGUCAAACCAAGACACCAUCGAGCUGAAGGGCUUGUCUGCCCGAGGGCUCAAACAUAUCAUUGACUUUGCCUACAGUGCAGAAGUCACUUUGGAUCUGGACUGUAUCCAAGAUGUCCUCGGGGCUGCCGUAUUUCUCCAGAUGGUUCCAGUCGUGGAGCUUUGCGAGGAGUUCCUUAAGUCAGCAAUGAGCGUGGAGACCUGCUUGCACAUCGGGCAAAUGGCCACCACAUUCAGCUUGUCUUCCCUCAAAGAGUCAGUCGAUGCCUUCACCUUCCGUCACUUCCUCCAGAUUGCAGACGAGGAGGACUUUCUGCACAUUCCCAUGGAGCGCCUCAUCUUCUUUCUUCAAAGCAACAAACUGAAGAACUGUAAUGAGAUCGACCUCUUCCAUGCCGCUAUCAGGUGGCUCCAGUACGAUGAGUCUCGUCGGGCUCAAGCCAGUAGCGUCCUCUGCCAUGUACGCUUUUCACUCAUGCGUUCCUCGGAGCUGGUGGACAGCGUUCAGACAGUGGACAUCAUGGUGGAGGACGUUCUGUGCCGCCAGUAUCUCCUUGAGGCCUUCAAUUACCGAAUCCUUCCCUUCCGACAGCAUGAAAUGCAGUCCUCGCGGACGCUUAUUCGGUCUGAUGUGAUUUCACUCAUCUCUUUUGGCGGAACACCGUACACUGACAACGACCGCACCGUUAGCACCAAGGCGUACUAUCUCCCUGAUGCUGUAUCCCGCCAGUUCAAAGAGCUGACUGAGAUGGAGACGGGGUGCAGCCACGCUUGUGUUGCAGUGCUUGAUAACUUUGUGUAUGUUGUGGGUGGGCAACACUUGCAGUAUCGCAGUGGGGAGGGGGCUGUAGACGCCUGUUUCCGCUAUGACCCACAUCUAAAUCAGUGGCUUCGCAUCCAGUCCAUGCAGGAGGCCCGCAUCCAGUUUCAGCUCAAUGUGCUGCAGGGACUAAUUUACGCCACUGGGGGGCGCAAUCGAUCUGGCAGUUUGUCAUCCGUGGAGUGCUACUGUCCAAAGAAGAAUGAGUGGUCAUGCGUGGAACCAUUAAAACGCAGAAUCUGGGGUCACGCCGGUACUUCCUGUGGCGAGAAGCUGUACAUCUCAGGAGGUUAUGGCGUCUCGUUAGAAGACAAGAAAACGCUUCACUGCUACGACCCAGCUUCAGACCAGUGGGACUUCAAAUCUCCUAUGAAUGAACCCAGAGUGCUGCAUGCCAUGAUUAGCGCCCAACAGCGCGUUUAUGCGUUGGGUGGGCGCAUGGACCACAUGGACCAUUGCUUUGAUGUACUGGCUGUUGAGUAUUACAUUCCAGAAAACGACCAGUGGACCACCGUCAGUCCUAUGAGAGUGGGCCAGUCAGAGGCAGGCUGUUGCUUACUGGACACGAAGAUCUACAUCAUAGGAGGUUACAACUGGCACCUGAACAACGUCACAAGCAUUGUCCAGGUGUACAACACCGAGACGGACGAGUGGGAAAGGGACUUGCACUUUCCAGAGUCCUUUGCUGGCAUUGCUUGUACGCCGAUCAUACUUCCACAAAACAUCACACAACGUUAAUCGUCUGACCUGAAACUGUGAAGAUUACUGUAUGUGCUCCUACUGCCGACCAUUGAGUCACCUGAGAGUUUGUGCAUGUUUAGGGGUUUGAUUUAAGGAAUGACCCAAUAGGCUACUCAGAAUUACAGGCUUUUUAUGGAGUCAAGAAAACGGGAUAUUUGUGUUUUUCUAGAGUAAAAACUGACAUGAAUAUGCAGUGAUCUAUUCGUUAUGAUCAUCAUUGCCCAAUUAGAAACAAAAUAUUGUGUAAAAAAAACCAAAAGGACCUUGUCCAGCAUUGCCUAAUUUCUAGCACUUUCUAUUCUUAGCAAAAUAAAAGUACAUUUUAUCAAACAAGGGCUUAAGUUACUGAUAGCACAAAUGGAUCAGUGGAUUUUGUCCAGUCUUUUAAUCUCACCGUUCAUCUUUUUCAGUUUUACUUUGGAAAUACUGGACUGUUAGUUGUUUUUUUGGUUUGUAUUAUUCACUCAAAGUAACAGUAAAUCUGACCGUGGUUGUUCAGAUUCACUAAUCAACAAGCUACAUAUCAACUCUCGAUGAUUGCACAAAAACAAGUAUUGAAUGUGUUCAUUUUGAAGUACUUGUUCCAUAAUAUGUUGAGAAAGUUUUGUAUGUAUGUAUUCAUGGAGCUGAAAACUGAUACUUUAAUUUUCUCAAUCCUUACUCAGUCAACAUAAACCAGUGAAGACCUCAUAUGGCAGCUACAUAAAUAACUUGUGUGUUUCAAUUGAAAUCCUAUGUUUUUUCAUUGAACAAGAGUUUUCCUUUAUUUAAAAUGUACCAGUAUCAUGUGCAUUAUUUAACACUCAAAUCCUGAGAUAACUCAGUGAUGACGUUGUUUGUGUUGAAUUUUUUACUUUUUUUCCUUCCAGUUGUUGCAAAUUUCAGUGCAUUGUUUCUUAUAUAUUUCACGUUAUACAUUCAGUAUACUGGUGUUUAAAGCACAACUUGUUUUUCUAUUUGCACACAGCCACCUACAUGCUGGUUUCCUGUCUGUCUGCCUUUGUGUGUCCUGUUCUGUCUGUACCAGUGAAAGCACACGAUGUUAAAGUGCAAUACAACACAAUUUUAUGUGGUCAAUAAGGAAUGUAUAAUUUUGUGUAGCUUUAUCUUUAAUUAAAGGUGUAUUAUGUUUUAAAAAUA